AUGACAGCCUCCCUGGUCCUAAACCCUCGCUGGCCAGCGGACACGGUAAUGUUUGUGUAUGACAAUAACCUGGAGGACAUGAACAAGAACAUGGAGGGGCUCGUGGGCAGCGGGAACUUCGCCGCGGCCACUGCGGCUAGCCAGUGCCGCAACAUUAUGGCGCACUCGGCGGCUGCGGCUGCGCUGGGCGGACACCCGUCAGGCUUGGUGCACUCUUCAGCGGGCUACCCUACAGUGGACGUGUCUGCAUCAGGCUCCAGCGAGAGCAUCGGGUCCUCUGGGAAGCAGUGCUCUGCGGGACCAUGUCCGGCGGCCGCGGUGCCUCACCAGAGCUCCUCAGCCCCCACAGCUUUACCGUACGGCUACUUUGGUAACGGCUACUACCCGUGCAGGAUGGGGCGGGGUUCUCUCAAAUCGUGCACCCAGGCAGCCGGAGCCGCGCUCAGCUCUCAGUACAUGGACACCACGGUGAACUCUGAUGAGUACCCGAACCACCGAGCUAAAGAGUUCGCUUUUUACCACGGCUACCCGAGUCCAUACCAGUCCAUGGCCAGCUACCUGGACGUGUCUGUGGUCCAAACCCUGGGCACCGGAGAACCGCGCCAUGACACCCUGCUACCCAUGGACAGCUACCAGCCCUGGGCUCUGACCAACGGCUGGGGGGGACAGAUGUACUGCUCCAAGGACCAGGGACAGGCCGGACACCUCUGGAAGUCUGCUCUGGCUGAUGUGGUGGCGCACCAGCACGACGGCUCGCCUUUCCGCCGAGGCAGGAAGAAGCGGAUACCGUACACCAAGCUCCAACUGAAAGAGCUGGAGAAAGAAUACGCCGCCAAUAAAUUCAUCACCAAGGACAAGAGGAGGAAGAUAUCAGCCGCGACCAACCUGUCUGAGAGGCAGAUUACCAUCUGGUUCCAAAACAGGAGGGUGAAGGAGAAGAAGUUCGUGGCUAAAGUGAAGACCCCCGCUCCGUAG